GUGAUCGAUUGUGUACGGCGAUAUUCUGUGUGUUGUUUCAAUGCAAUACAUUGGCAUAUUUUUCAACGUCUUUGUUCUGUAAGGCUGAGGCCGAUUCGUAAGACUUGUAAUUUUUAGGGCCAAAAGGGUGUCUAAUUUACCAAAUAGUGAAAUGAUAGGGUUGGAUAGCUGUUUUUAACCGCCGCCUUUCUGUAUAUUGCAGUGCUGCCGGCCUCGAUGUGACUCGCUCUGCUGUUGAUUGGACGUGAAGGGAUAUAGAGAAUUAUUACAUAGCAUUCACCGUAUCUCGCUGGUUCACGACCGUGUCGAGAUCUCACUUUUUAUGCAGAAGCACAGCAAGAGCGAGUACCAGGGUGAGGAGACGGUGUUGUAGGGGGUCAAAACAUCUCGGAUUCUCCCACAUUGUGCGGGCGGGGUGUGGAUAAAUUUUAAUCAACACGGAAGCGGAGGUUUCAUAGCAGAUUUUGUGAAAGCUAUAGCUGGAUAUUAUCAGUCAGAAUGGGGUGUACUCUCAGCGCCGAGGAGAGAGUUGCUAUGGAACGGAGUAAAGCCAUAGAGAAAAAUCUCAAAGAAGAUGGUAUCCAAGCAGCAAAGGAUAUAAAACUGUUGCUUUUAGGUGCGGGCGAAUCUGGGAAAAGCACUAUAGUGAAACAAAUGAAAAUUAUUCAUGAAGGUGGUUUUACCAGUGAGGAUAAUAAACAAUUUAAACCUGUGGUGUACAGCAAUACUAUACAGUCCCUUGUUGCCAUUAUCCGCGCCAUGAGCACACUCAACAUUAACUUUGGAGAUAAUGAUAGAGAGUCUGAUGCCAAAAUGGUGCUUGAUGUGAUAGCUAGAAUGGAAGAUACUGAGCCUUUUUCAGAGGAACUUUUAGCAGCCAUGAAAAGACUGUGGGGUGAUAGUGGUGUACAAGAAUGUUUUGGUAGAUCAAAUGAAUAUCAGUUGAAUGAUUCAGCUAAAUACUUUUUAGAUGAUUUAGAACGUUUAGGUGCAAAAGAUUACAUGCCUACAGAACAAGAUAUUCUACGUACUAGAGUGAAGACCACUGGAAUAGUAGAAGUUCAUUUCUCAUUUAAGAAUUUAAAUUUCAAAUUAUUUGAUGUUGGUGGUCAACGGUCAGAAAGAAAAAAAUGGAUACAUUGUUUUGAAGAUGUAACUGCCAUUAUUUUUUGUGUAGCUAUGAGUGAAUAUGACCAGGUUUUACAUGAAGAUGAGACAACUAAUCGCAUGCAAGAAAGUUUGAAGUUGUUUGAUUCUAUUUGCAACAACAAAUGGUUUACUGAUACAUCUAUUAUCCUUUUCCUUAACAAGAAAGAUCUGUUUGAAGAAAAGAUUAAAAAGUCAUCUCUAACAAUAUGUUUUGGAGAAUAUACAGGUAUGGUAGAUCGAGCACAAAUAAUUAUAUGCUGUCAGUUGUAG